CUCAGUAUGUGUAGUAAUAGUUGCGAGUCGGUGUACUUUUUCUUCAUGGAUCUGCUUCGAAAGAAAGAAAGUUAAUAUCGGUUUCAGGUUUGUUUCUCUUCAUGGCUGUGAUUUAAGCCGUGAAUCCGCAAAGGUAGACUAGAUAGAGAGACUGGGGCUGAUAUCCUGCACAGGCCCACGUCACAACAUAGGCCUACUGUACAGAGAUCAUCAUCAUCAUCCCCCGUGUACCUUCUUACUUCUGGCUAGCUACCAACCAGGGCGUACUACAGAACAGUGCUAUCUAUCUACUACCGGAUUACGACAUUUUACACAAGUGCUGGGUUUCACCAGCCAGGAGUCGUGGUUUAUAGGCCUACUACUGUGUGCGUCUGUCCCAAAAUAUGUGUUGUACAGUACGUAGGCCUAGACAAAUCAACAGUUUCCGAUUACGGGGGCGCUGUUUAUUUACGAGUGUACUGAACCAUAACGACCAUUAGUAGUUGCAACCGCCUGUACAGAAUUAUUACGAUGAUAAAUUAUGUAGGCAGAAUUGUCACGGUGUAGUGGAUAUAUUCACAUGCAAAUAUCCGUUACCGAGCCGAUUGUGGUGUUAUUAUCCAUCGACUCGGAAUAGAAGGGAAACUGAUAAAUGUAAUGCUGUACCUAUUUGAGAAUUUUGCCGACGCCUGUAAAUUCUGCAUGUAUAAUGAUUUGGAUGAUUAUAACGUGUUAUUAAAACAGCUACUGGUGACUGUACGAUGGGAACGGCAACUUAUACAUAGGCCUACUAUUAGUAUUGAAACUAGCAAUAUACCGUUUAUAGUCGUAGUAGAUAGACAUUUCUGUGUGUAACGAACACAGGGUCACAUUCAAUGCAAUGCCGUCGGAAGGUGUAUGUAACCAGGUACCCGAUGACGAUGGCGAUUCGUCAGAAGUCAAGUGCGGUUUCGGAAUGUGGCGGCCAAAGUUUAUCCAACGUUGGGCGACGCCGAGGGGUUUCUUGUUUUUUAUGUGUUUGUUGACCCUAGCUGAAAGUAUGAUGAUCGUCGGGUAUACAAGUAGUGUUAUUGUCACAAUCGAGAGACGAUUUCAACUCAAAAGUACAGAGGCAGGGUUGAUCGUCAGCGGGUAUGAGAUAGGAAAUUUACUUGUAGUAGCCUUUGUAAGUUUCUAUGGAGGACGUCCAGGUAGCAGUCGACCAAAAUGGGUUGGGUGUGGGGCCAUAUUCAUGGCAUUUUCAGCUUUCAUUUUCACCUUACCCCACCUUCUUGGUGGUAAGUACGAACUACCUGGGGUACAAAAUUCUACCUCAGCGCAUCCAGUCUGUGGAUCUGGUAACGUUAGCUCGUCGGGGGCCGACUCUGGAAUGAUUGACCCUAAUAAUGCUGAUAAGGACGGCUAUUACGGAUGUUUAGGUAAAGGAACAGACUCUGAACUAAUUAUUGUAUUUGUAUUAGCUCAAAUGCUGCUGGGGAUGUCAGCUGCCCCCCUGUUCACCCUCGGGAUUACGUACGUUGACGAUAACGUGAAAAAAGAAGAUGCUGCUGUUUAUAUAGCUAUCGUUUACUGCAUGACUGCUGUAGGCCCAGCUUUGGGGUUUCUAAUCGGCGGCUUGUGUGUUAGUGUGUAUGUGGAUGUUGGCAGGGUGGAUCUCAAUGAUCUUCCGAUCGACAUCGAUGACCCUCAGUGGGUUGGUGCCUGGUGGCUAGGCUAUCUGAUAUGUGGCACCAUCAUGGCUUUGACGGCACUACCGAUCCUGGCGUUCCCGCGCAGUCUGCAGCAUCAGGCGAGAACAGAAGACGAGAUAUCAGAUGAUGACGUUGUCAAUAUGCAAUUCAAUUGUACAAGUUUAUCUGAUUUGAAAGAUGCCCUUAUAAGUCUGCUAACCAACCCGACAUACAUCUGUAUAUGCAUGGUGGCCUGCUUGGAAAUAUCAAUCGUUACCGGGUUUCUUUAUUUUAUCCCGAAAUUCCUGAUCUCACAAUUCGGAGUUAAUAACACAGAAGCGUCAUAUUUAACAGGAGCUCUUAUUCCGGCUGCCGCCAUAUGCACUGCACUAGGUGGUUAUUUUAUAAAACGUUUCAAUUUGAAUCUGGAGAGUACAGCCAGGUUUACGUUCUGUGCUACUACUUGUGCCUUUUUGCUAUUUGCGUUAUUAUUUGUAUUUCAUUGUGAUACGCUCAAAAUAGCUGGUGUCAGUGUUCCAUAUAAAGAUAGCCUUUCAUACAAUGAUAAUUAUACCUCAAAGUGCAAUAUCAACUGUGGUUGUUCCGAAAACUACUACAAACCUGUGUGCGGUAGCGAUAAAGUUACUUAUUUCAGUGCUUGCUAUGCAGGAUGUUUCAACAAGACGGACAUUGAAAAAGACGGCGAUGAAGAGGCUGCUAUCUUUAAUAAAUGCAGCUGUAUUGUAGAGCCUUCGGUUGCAGACUCAGGAAAAUGUGAAAACGAUUGUCAGCUACUACCUGUCUUUAUGUCGUUCCUGAUAUUGGUGGUAGGGGUCACGACCCUAGGUCAGAUUCCAGGGAUCAUGGUCACAUUGAGGUCAGUGGAUCAGAAAGCCAGGCCAUUUGCCCUAGGUAUUCAAUUCGUUUUCCUUCGAGCAUUAGCAUACAUUCCAUCGCCGAUCUACUACGGCAAGACGGUCGACAAAGCUUGUAUGUUAUGGCAACCCUUAUGCGAUGGUGUUGGAGCGUGCCUUGAGUACGAUAACGUCAAGUUCCACUUCAGUUACCUCGGCUUGUCGGCCGGUCUCAAGUUCUUAUCUGUAGUAUUCUCAUUCCUCGCUUGGCAGUCGGUAAAGCAAGGCUGGAGUGGCAAGGCCUAUCACGAAGCUUCCUCAAAUAACGGCGCAUCUGAGCCUAAUAACUCUGUAUCAGGCAGCACCGAUGCAUCGUCUGGCCAAUGGGACGUUGAACUUCCUCACCGGCAAAAAAACAAUAUCGCAACAGUCACAGCAGACGAUAAAAAUGACUUAACAAAUGGAGGCCCUCUCAUCUAAAUCUAAAGAUUCUUUCAUUCAAAAAAUAUUUGUAAGAGAAUAGCCAUCAGUAAGCUAAAAUGCAAGCAUAGGCUUAUAUUAUAGUAUAUAAGAAAAAAACAAUAUAGGCCUACAAGAACAGGUCUUAAAAACUUAAGGAAUGCAGACAGUUAAACAAAACGCGGGAGUAUACUCUUUUUGACAGAAGCAUGUUAUUUAACUCAGGUUUAAACGUACAGCAACUUCUGUCUUAGAAACACGUUGGCCUAAUUCUGAAUGUUUCAAUUGUGUCAAUGGAUAUAUACUUUGCAGAUGGUGAUGGGACGAUAUACGAAUACAGCACACAUGAUGGGUUACCGGCCUGUACCCAAUGCGAUCCGCUUUUUUGUAUUUUUGAAUAGUUAAAUGGUUUGGAUUUGUUUAAUAUUGUUGCAAUUUUCAUAGAUACCUAUAUAUAGCGACUGUUAGACAAGUCGUACUUCUGUUUGAUUUCACAUAUAAACAAUUUACCCGCUGUCUGUCGUCAGGGAUUGCCCAAAAAGGGGCCCAACAAGUGUGGCAGGAGUCGCCCAAGACCUGUACUCAGGGAUCGCCAGACCUUUAAAAGUGGUAGAGGAUUUAUGAUUUAGAAUGUAAAAAAUUGCUGUCCAGACUAUCAAAUUUUAUUUGACAAAGAAAUGGUGUAUGCCAAAUAUAGUCAUGAUGUACCUAUAUAAGAUCAUAAGGUGAUGUCAUCCAUAUUUGGGCAUGUCACAUGUUUUUGUCAAAUCAAAUUUGAUAUUCUAGACAGGGAUUUAGCAUUCACUUUAACCUUUAGUUAGACCAGCAAAUUAUUAGCUUAUAGGCAGACUAUCUCACGUGACGUCUAACCUCCCCUCCCCCAUCUACCGCCCUGCAGUCUUAUUAUACGCGAUGUUUCGGGAAGAAUAUGAGAAUACUGUACGUGUAACCAGGGAGAUGAUGGUGUAACAACCCUGGAUGAAGACCAAUACAAAAAUAUCCAUUGCUGUGCAUGAAGAAGAGGAAAAAAACAAAACCAAAUACUCGAUAAACUUUAGUGGUUGGACGAUUGGUAUAGGGUGAACUAAUUACAUUGUUAAAAUGAAAAUGCAAUAAAAUGCACGGUACAUAAAGGGUACCGUAAUCAUGGUACCGUAAUCAUCGUACCGCAAUAUAUGAAAUAAUGGCCUACAAUGCAAUGAGGUAGUAGAUAUAUAAAAUAGGCAUUUACUUACAAGAUUUAUAUUUCACAGUAUUUCUCUAAUUAUUGGGUGUUUAUAUAAUUAUUAUAUAGCAAUUUUUACUAUACCGUAAAAAAUAGAAUCGCACCUUGUCUUUCAAAUAUUGUGUUAUAAUAUAUAUUUUUUCUUGAGAGUAUGGUAACCCAAGCGAAAAUUUUGGUCGAGAUUAUACGGAGCUACGUAGCCGAUCACUGGACCAAUUAUGGUGUUCUAACUCUUUUUUACUGCAAUCAUUGUAGUGAGAAAAUGUAUUAAUUAAAUACGGUAUACUGUAUGGUGGUACUGUAUAUUUUAUUAAAGAUACCGAUAUUUUUUGUUAGGCAAUUGUAACUUUCAUUGGAGUAUAUAGACCUACAACUCCCAGAUUGAUGUACUGUACCUCAUUGCUGAUACUGUAUAUUUUAGUGGCGUUGUAUACCUCCUUGGAGGUACUUUAUACCUCCAUAGAGGCACUAUACUUCCGUAUAGCUAGGUCUAUUACAAUAUAUUUCAUUACUUUAUACCUCCUUGGAGGUACUUUAUACUUCCAUAUAACUAGGUCUAUUGCAAUAUAUCUCAUUACUUUAUACCUCCUUAGAGGUACUUUUCACUUCUAAGGUACUUUAUACUUCCUUAUAGCUAGAUCUCCUAAAAUAUCUCACUAGGGGUACUGCAUACCUCAUUGUGGGUACACACACCUCAUUAUAGGCACCGUGUACCCCAUUAGAGGUAGGCCUGUACAUUCGUAAAGUAGGCUUACUGUAUCUCAACAGAAAUACUGUAUACAGUACUUCCUUUGAAAUAUCUCCUUGGAGUUACUCUAUACCUACUUUGAGUUAUUGUGUAUUACCUUUAUGCGAUUUUUUUAGGACAUUGAUCUUAAACAAAUUAUUAAUAUAAAUAUUUUUUUAUAGAUAGAUGUCUUUGAUGUAACGUGAUAUUAUAAGUGUGUUUAUAUACUCAUUAAAUACAUUUGCGAUAUUUAUUAAAGUA